UCCCUUAAUAUGCUUGUUUGUCACUUUCUUUAAACCCUUUUCUUAAGUUAAAGGAAAACACACACAACGCGCACACACACACACACACACACACACACCAGACACGAAAAUCGGCAGAGAUCUAAGAUGAAGACAUCCGAGUACGUGGGCCUGAGCCCCACCAGCGCAUCCCUCCCCCAGCCCGGGGCCCAGCGCCGGGCGAGGAGCGGAAGGAAUUAAAAUGCCUGUCACCGCGAGGAUUCCGGACGGCGGGCAGUCUUUAAGACCCAGCGACUGCAUUUGUCUGGAGAGGAAAUGUUGCUUUUUGACAGAUGAGAGAAAUCCCCUUAGCGCUGGCUGAGGGAAGCGAGGAGCGAAGUCAGUCACCUGGUGGUGAAGGCCAGUAAAACAGCCGAGCUGGAGGAAAUUUUCUCUCCCUCUCUCUUCCCCUCUCUCUCCCUCUUUUCUCUCCGUAGGAUCCACCUCCUAUUCUCUCAACUCUUUUAGCAUAACCUUCAAAGGAGAACGUUCCCUUCAGACUUUAUUAUCUUCUUUCCCCCCACUGAGAGACUACCUCUCAGCCGCAAGACAUUUUUUAAGUCUAUGCAGGACUUCGGGGAUUCGGUUAUCUUGCCAGGGAAAUUGAUCAUUGCUAAUGUCUGGGACUCACAGUGUGCUAAAUUAGCUACCAGAGUAAGCCUGACGGAGGAAGGCUUUUAUCAUCUACUCUUCUCUUCAGUUUGAACACAUUUGCUUGAAAUUUGCCGCAUGAUGCUGUCCAGGGAAGCAGCUUUUUUUCUUGGGAUGCAGCAAUCCGCUGGUUUCUAAGCUUAUUGCAGAAGAAGAAAUAAUCUUCAAUAGAGUGGAUUUUUCCCCCUACUUGCUCGAUUCCACUGAGCUGUGUUGCACCGCGGUUAAAGAUCACCCGUCACCAAAUCUCUGAGCAAGUAAAACAAAGUGAAUUGUCGUUAUUAUUAAUUUAUUUAUUUUUAGUAUUUUUAAUCGGUGGAGGCGGCGUGACCACGGAGAAUGAGACUGAGAGAAGCUGCCAGGGCUUGGAGGAGGGUAAUCAUGAGUUUCAGCUGGAAACUAAAAGACUAGAUUGCUUUUUGCUACAACUUGCCCGGUUCCUCUCCACUUCCUUUAGUUGCGCUCCAUGGACAGAUCAACCAACCUGGACAUUGAGGAGCUCAAGAUGACCCGAGAACAAUACAUACUAGCAACACAACAGAAUAACCUGCCAAGGACUGAGAAUGCACAACUUUAUCCAGUGGGAAUUUAUGGCUGGCGAAAGAGGUGCUUAUACUUCUUUGUCCUUCUGCUGUUGGUUACCAUGAUAGUUAACUUAGCCAUGACAAUAUGGAUAUUGAAAGUUAUGAAUUUCACUGUGGAUGGUAUGGGAAAUCUGAGAGUCACCAAGAAGGGAAUCCGACUUGAAGGUAUAUCUGAGUUUCUACUUCCAUUGUAUGUGAAAGAAAUUCAUUCCAGAAAGGAUAGUCCACUGGUCUUACAGUCUGACAGGAAUGUCACAGUGAAUGCAAGAAAUCACAUGGGACAGUUAACUGGACAACUGACAGUAGGAGCUGAUGCUGUGGAAGCUCAGUGUAAAAGAUUUGAAGUGAGAGCCAGUGAACAUGGCAGGUUGCUGUUUUCUGCAGAUGAAGACGAGAUCACCAUUGGGGCUGAAAAGCUCAAAGUUACAGGCACCGAAGGCGCUGUAUUUGGGCACUCGGUGGAGACACCUCACAUCAGAGCAGAACCCUCCCAAGACCUCAAGCUUGAAUCACCCACCAGAUCCUUGAUCAUGGAAGCACCUCGCGGGGUCCAGGUGAGCGCAGCUGCAGGAGACUUCAAGGCCACCUGCAGGAAGGAGCUCCACCUGCAGUCCACAGAAGGGGAGAUAUUUUUAAAUGCAGAUACAAUCCGGCUGGGAAAUCUACCGACCGGCUCCUUUUCAUCUUCACCCAGCUCCUCAAACUCUCGACAGCCAGUGUACGAACUCUGCGUGUGCCCCAAUGGCAAACUGUACCUUUCGCCAGCAGGAGUAAGUUCCACUUGUCAGUCCAGUAGCAACAUCUGCUUGUGGAGCUGAAGUGACUGAUUUCUCCUCACACCAGAAUAGCCUUUUGUUCUGUCCGUCUGCUUCACAGUUCUGCUCGGUUUCCCUUGUGAUCAGUCCAGAGCGUCUUCAAAUGGUCCACGAAGCAACUUCUUCCAGUGUUCAGCAGGGAUUUGCUGCCACCGUCUCCUGUGGUUUCCGGAACUGCUCAACACAGAGUGUGAGUGACACGGCAGUGGAAAAACCAACUUCCACAGGAAAACUGGAUCAGAAGUCUUGCUCAAAAGGGAGAAUAACAUAGGUGCCUUUGCUACAACAAGUGAAGCACACAGUUCUAGGUUUCUGCAGGAUCUGGAUAUGAACUGCACAUAUACACAUUACACAGAUGAAAUUCCCAGUAUCCAAUGGCAAGAUGAAAUGGUUAACUCUGUAAGACAACUAAUUCUACAGUUUGAAAGCACAAUUUUCCAUUCAUCUUUUUGGAUGUAAACUUUUAUCCCCGAAUUUUAAAAUUUUGAAGCAUUAUGUAAUGCUUGCUUUACUAAAAAUUAAAUUCAAUACAUGGUUUUUAACAAAAACAAAAAACAAGAUGGAAUCCCUUCUUGCGUUUUUUUUUCUUUGAAUUCAAUGUGUUGUUACUCUUUGUCUACUAAGUCUAGAAUUUUGUACAUUAGGUAAUUUUGAAAGCACUCAGCAAUAUGAUCUUUACAGAAUUAACAAAAUGCCAUCACAUUUGUCAUUUGUCAGGUCUGGAUGGCCUUAUGUAUCUACUUGGCUACUGCAUGUGACGUAUUUGCUUUUGACAAAACAUCUAACUUAUUGCAAUAUAAGAUAGGACUACAAGGGACACACUGAUGUGGAAUCCAUAGUUCAUCUCCUUAAAAGUUCACAUGCUAUCCUUUACAUUUAGCUUUUAAUAGUACAGUUCUUGUUUGCUCCAUUCACUUCAUACUUUCUACCUGACUGCUAAAACUUAAACCCUCUAAAUAAAGAGAUACUAAUGUGAUGCAUAAUGCGGAGAAUGGAUUCACUUUCCAUCGGGAUAACAUCUUCAAAAAUAUCUACUUAUUUUUUCAGGCUAAGGUUUAUUGAGAUUAGAAUUCAAAUUAAAAAUCCCCAACUAAAUAGCAAAUAAAAAUAUUAAUAUUUGAAAAAUACACUUGCUCCAUUAGUGAUAUUUUAAUAAAUUUAGCCAUAUUUCCUUCUAGCUGUUAAUAUUCACUUAUAUUCUACUAGGCUAUUUGAUAUGAGAAACCAUAGUUUCUUCCAUUCUCCUCCUUUGUCAUUUAGCUACUAAUAAAUAACUCCAGAAUGCUACAGAUUGGUUUGUCACAACACUCCUUAAAUCAAAUUCUUGAAACUUACAGAACCCAAUAAUAUAAACUGUAUUAAAUAUUUCCUGUUAUGGGAAGAUGACUUGAUUGCUGUAAGGUAAGUCCUUGAUUUUCACAUUUCAAUCCAUGGUUUCCUCAUGCAAGCAACUAUUAGGUGUGUAGAAGCGUCAUUUGUAACAAUACAGUCUUUGGAGUUCAGGUCUCUACAGCACAGAGCAAAGUAAGAGACUAACUUCUUAAAGUAAUUUGGUGAACAAGAGUGGGCAAACUGGAUAAUUAAAGUAGCAAAGCAAACCAUUUGGCUACAUGAUGUUGUUCGGAAACCUGCCAUUUCAAAUAUCGAAAAACCUCAUUUCUCUGAAUCUGUUUGGUACUCAGCAGAAGGGUUUGACAGCUAGUUCACUUUUACUGUUUUUAAAGUAGAACCUUUGCUUAGGAGUGACAUAAAUCUUUAAGUAUAUUAGAAAAGAUGAUAUACAGUUUCUUAAAAACUCAUAACACAACAGUCUACAUAAGAGAACUUGAGAAAUUUUCACGAGUCUUUGCAAAAUCUUCACAUAAAGUGUAACCUUUAAUUCCUCAAAAAUUUUGUGUUAAUCACUGUAUUAUUGACUGAGGAAAACAUGACAUAUUAAUUUGAGUUAUAUGCAAUGUCUAAUCAUCUCUAAGUUAAAAUAAUUAGAAGGCUUCCUAAUCAAAUGAGAACAAUUCUUUUGACUAGAAAUUGGCCCCGUAUCUAAUCUCAUCUGUGUCCUUACCUAAUCAAUGGAGCUGAUUUAGGCAAAAUGGGAAUAUCCCAGGUUCCAACUUACUUGAUUUUCCAACAAAAGUACUGAAUCAAAUAUCCUCUUGAGGGUCCCUUCAGCUCCAACAUGAUUUAAUUCCAACAACAAAUACACAAGGUAGAAGGGAUCGCCAACAUUUUAAGUUGUAUGUCAUUAGUGGAGAAAAGAUGAAUGUGAUGAGAAAACAAAGCAUAAAUACCAAUUCCUGUGAGGAGUGGACAAAGUUUUAAUUCAAAUACAUUCUGAAAAGCAUAGACAUAGUUAAAAAUACCUUAUAGUUCUAAGAGACUUAAGCCAUGUCCGGUGGUAUAAAAAUCUGGAUUUAUUUUUUAAAAUAGUGAUACAAGCGAUUUUCCAAUUCAACACUAAAUAUUUGGUUUAUGCUUGCUUGUUUGGAUUCCUUAUAAUCUAAGAAUAGAGCCAGACCCGGUAGUUAGGUUUCUCUGGAAGGUUUACAGAACUACUCCUAAAGGUUGUUGAUUUCAAGAAAAAGGAAUGUUUCUUGACUUGAUCAGAGCUACCUUAAUUGCACACUGCCCAACAGAUUCAUUAUCCAUUUCACCAGCCCCCAUUUUUAUGUCACAGCUUGGAUAUAAAUGCAUUUGUUGAGAUUCUGCAAGUGGCAUUUUUUCUAAAUCACUCGGAAAACUUAUGUUUUAAUGCACACUGCAUGGACCCUCCUCAGCUAUCUUGUUACCGUAUCUUACUAACUGUGCUUGCUUUAGCCCAGGUAGACAGGGAGGGCAGGAAGAUGGUGAUUGGCAGUAUGCCUAGCAUUUGACUGUCAGGAAUAGAGAAGUCGGAAAUGUGUUUGAGUUGAACUUGGGGGACGGUGGGUGUAGGGAAUCAAAAAAAGAAUGGAUGACAUUAUUCUUUUCUGUUUCAAGAUUUUUUAAUAAAACACUUCCAAACAAAAUUAUUUCCAAAUCUUUUCAUUCUCUUGCUUAGCAACUCCGAAACUUCUACCCUGUACUUAGUAGCCCUGUUGUUUUCUCUAGUUACACACCUUGUAAGCUGACAAACAAUUAUUUCAGGAUUUAAGGCAGUUAUACUGUUAGAUUUUUCUGCUAACUUUGGAGGCUUAAAUUACAGUAACUUGAAAAUAUAGCCAGCAGUUCCAAUCCUGGUUCUGCUUCUAGCUGACCAUUUAAGAAAUAUUUAAUUAUCUUGGUCAAAGUUUGAGUUUCCUUUCUGACUUUCCUAAAUUUUUUUGAUUCAUUUAAUUCAUUUUUUUGUCUCCACUACAGCCAUCUAAAUAUUGAAAUGCAAAUCUUUCUAACAUCUCAUGCCCUCUUCCUUUUAUCUAGAUUUCACUUUUACUCCGACCAUUUGAAUAUCAACUUUCCUAUGGGAAAGCCUGUUUGAUUGAUGGGCUUCUAUUGUAUAGAAGGGAAAAGAGUGUACUCUUCAAAUGGCAAUUUAUGGAAUUAAUCUAUUUACCAAAUAUAAACAUUUUGAUCAUUCUAUUAUCUCCAUCAUACUAAGCAACAUAGAUCUUUUGAAGAAAAGUUAGAAUCACAGAGGAAAAUUUUUCAAUUUUUAUACCAUUUAAGCCAUUCAAGUUUCUUACAUAUUUUACCAUCUGAUGAUUUGGACAAUAGUUCAUUCUACAAAAAUGUCAUGUGAUAUAAAACUUCCAAUGAAUUGUGUCCUGGCAAACAUGCCGUCUCUGUUAGAGAUGGGAAUAGCCAGUAGAGUGUCUAAUGCAUGCAAGUCUUUUAUAGCAGGUAAUGUCAAUGGCUUAAUCUCAAAUUAUUAAAAGAUCUGAUAUUUAAUGGCCAAAUUAUCUACACAAGCAUCACAUUUAAAGUCGUAUUUGAGUUUUAUAGGAGCGAGAUCUAAUCACCUCAUUCUUGUAAUAGCUUUAAUUUGAAUUGCUCAUACGACCAUAUUUGAAGAUACACUGGAAAAAUUUGCUCUAUAUACUAGGAUAUAUUGUAGUAACAAAUAUUGAAAAAUAUCAUCACUAAAGAACAUUACAGUUUAAUUCCUUUUAAAUAAUCAGAAGCCAGGGAAUGACCUCUUUAAACACAUUAUUUUACAUUCAAGUUCAUUACUUAUUUAAAUGUCAAAGACCAAAGACUGGGAUUUCUAUUGCAUUUAACUCUACCACUACUCAUUUAUUCAAAUGAUUAAGAGGACUUAUGAGAUAGGGAACAUCCUCCUUGCAGAAUUCCAAGCUGUAGGCAUUAAUGAAUGCUUUUAUUUUAGAAGGGAAACUUCGUGAGACCCACUCACUUUUUAUACAUGUAUAAUACACUCCUUGGUAUUCAUAAAACCAGUCUAAUGGCCAUAACCUAAAAUGGGCCAAGGAGAGAUUUACUCAGCUGAAUUUAAAUUGUCAUGGUUUGCUAAAAAUUCUUUGGAGAAUAAAUUUGAAGUAGAUUUAGAACCAGAGGGCUAUUUUCUAAAUGUUAAUUGAUGUGUCUCCAUUCUUUGGAAAAAGUCAAUGGAAAACAUUAAAGGAAAUGAGGUAUAAUGAACUGAGUUUUUUCCCAGUCUUAAUAUCUCAUUUGUAUGAAUAUUUAUAAAUUAAAGCCAAACAGGGUUAAAGAUGUACAAGGACAUUCGCUAACAAUGGAGCAAUGUUAUUUGGAGUCUGAGUGUCAUUAUUUAUACAAUUCUUUGAAUCAGGUCCACUAUUCAUUUAUUUUGUUUUGUAACUUUCAUGUAAAUGUUUUCUUGUAUAUAUAGAUAUAUGAAAAAUGGAACUAUUUUCUUACAUAUACUAUGCAAUAUGUUUGUAAAAUUGCAAUAUUACCAAAAUUACAAAAGCUGUGCUUUUGUAUUCUAUCUUGCUUUAUGUAAAAAAAAAAUCUUUUUCUAUUUAAAUGGACUGUUCGUCCUAUAAACUGUAGAUAACAUAUCUAUUCAAAAGAAGUCUAUUGUAUCUUUUGUUUAGUUUGGGAUAUUUGGGGUACAUUUGUUUUGUGGAAAAAUCUAGCCAAGUUUUGGCAGUUGGGAACCUUUUUUUCUUUCAUUAAUGAGACUUUUUGAUGCAUGCAAUGAGCUCAUAUAAUUUAAGAUCUCUCCUGUAAUUCUUGUAUUUUGUCCUAAUUUUGGUGCUACUGUGUAACCAUCAUUAAAUGUGAUAGUCAAACAAAGA